AAGCACCGCAAGCGCACGACGCGCGACCAGCUCAAGGUGCUCGAGAUCAUGUUCAAGGAGGAGACGAAGCCGAGCGCGGCGAAGCGCAAGAUGCUCAGCUCCCAGCUCGGCAUGACCCCGAGGGAGGUACAGGUUUGGUUCCAAAAUCGG